AUGGCACAACAAUCCCAAGGCUCGUCCACCGCGACACAAGAGCACCAUCCCCGAGUCCUCGGCAGGAAAUUGGCCGAAACAGCCGUUCAAUUCUCACAACAGGCCGAAAAGCUCUCUCAUCAACAUCCAGCAUACAAUUCUGGCGUCGCUAUAGAAGCGCAAUUUGUCACGCCUCACGAUCCUGUUAUCGUUACUUCAGAUGGCAAUCGACUCCCUGGCGUGCCCUUGCAAGAAGCGCACAAGCUCAACGUGCUCCGCGAAGAACUUGAAGGCGAACCUGAAAGUGUCGAGAUCAAGGAGGGUGACGAGACCAAGGAGAAGAUAUCCAACGUCGAAAAUGCGGAGCCUGAGCAGAAGAAAGUUGUCCAGGUACCUUCUGAACACAACGGCGCAUCCCUCCAAAAGUCAAGCAGCGUCAAUAGCACACUGCGAAGACAAACUCCUCCGUCUCACACAAAUCCUCUCUUCCCUCCAUUGCCACUAUAUGGGCCUCCCAAUGUACUGCGCAACUUACAAUGCUUGUUCUUUCGAAUCAGCGCAUUCUUCCUUAGCCUGGCGUUUCUUGGUGUUAUCGUCCUGGGCUCAUUGUUCACGACAAUACCAAUAGUUGUCAACAAUAUCUGGUAUCGAGUCACCUUUCGCAACCCUGAUGCUCAAAGGCCAUUCUACGAGGAGGAGAAACGCAGAGCUCAAGCGAGACGGGAGCAGGAGCAAGCCUGGAAGCACAAGUCACCCAAUGGAUUGGAUCGGGCGGAAACAGCUCAAGAGUUCCCGCCGACUGAGGGUGGUCCUGAUCCGAUCAUUUGCGAUGUCGCCUAUUACGCACGUAGGGUUGGUCUUGACGUUGAGACUUUCGAGGUUCAAACCGAAGAUGGAUUCAUAAUCGACUUGUGGCAUGUUUACGACCCGAAAGAGUAUACUGAGUUGGAAGAGAGUUUGCGAUCCGACCAAGGUCCCGAAGUGUUCCAGCGCCAGAGAAGAAAGUUCAAAGACCCAUCGCAGAAGCCCAAAUUUCCUGUGUUGCUCAUGCAUGGUCUACUACAAAGUUCAGGUGCCUACUGCUGUAACGAUGACGAGUCUCUCGCCUUUUGGUUGUGUAAGUCUGGCUACGACGUGUGGCUCGGAAACAACCGUUGUGGCUUCAAUCCCAAGCAUGCGCUGCUUGAAUACAAUGACCCGAGGAUGUGGUGUUGGAACAUCAGACAAAUGGGUGUUUUCGAUCUACCGGCCUUGACAUCGCGAGUCAUCACAGAGACGGGUUUCGAGAAGAUCGGUCUCAUCUGCCACUCUCAAGGAACCACCCAAACCUUUGUCGCAUUAGCCAAAGAGCAACGACCCGAACUUGGCGAGAAGCUGACGGUUUUCUGCGCUCUGGCUCCAGCUGCAUACGCUGGCCCACUCAUUGGCAAAAUGUAUUUCAAGUUCAUGCGUAUUAUCUCACCAGGCCUAUUCCGUCUCAUGUUUGGCAUCCAUGCAUUCAUCCCCUUCAUGAUGCAGAUGCACAAAAUAUUGGAUCCGCGCCUGUACGGCUGGCUUGGCUACAAGGUAUUCUCUUUUCUUUUUGAUUGGACUGAUGCGCGCUGGGACCGUGGCCUUCGCAAUCGCAUGUUCCAGUUCGCACCAGUUUACGUCAGCGCAGAGUCGAUGCGAUGGUGGCUUGGUCGAGAGUGCUUUGCCAAGCACAAGUGCAUUUUGUCUACCAAAGAGAUUGUCAGAGCUGAGGAGCAUAUGGAUACCAAGGCUGAUGAACGACCCGUGACACCAAGGACAUCGUCAGCACUCGAGGCUCAUCGAAAGCACCCCAAAGGUUCUACUGCGUGGUAUAAUGAACAAGCACCGCCCAUGGCAUUUUGGGUAGCUGGAAAUGAUGAUCUUGUUGAUGGCAAGAAGCUACUCCGGCGAUUUGAGAAAGGUCGUGAACCCCACGUUGACCUGGUUCACAGCAAGGUUAUUCCUGAGUAUGAGCAUCUGGACGUCAUCUGGGCCAUGGAUGCAGUUGACCAGGUUUUCAAGGAAGUCAGAGAGGUGCUGUGGAAAACCUGUAAUGCACGCGACAUCUGUCGAGUCCCUGAGGGAUGCGAGGCAGUGCAAGAACGAAAGCACAACGUGGCCAUCAACGAGGAAGUGCUAGAUGAGUCUCAGUCGAGUAGCAGCGGCGAAUCAUAA